AUGUUAAGUGAUCUUGGCGGAGCCCCCAACACGGACGGUGGAGUCGGCCUGAAAGAUCCUGUCAUACUAAGCGUAGACGAUGACCCUGUGAAUCAGAUGAUCAUACACUCGCUUCUCUCCGCGGCCGGCUAUAGAGUAGAUGAGGCUAUGGACGGCUUUGAGUGUCUCGAGUAA